UAUGUUUGUGUGUGUGCUGCCUAUUCUCUAAAUAACCUGUUGAUCCAGUCAGGGUAAAACUCAGUCAGCCUGAGGGAGCAACAGGCUCGGAUCCUCUUCCUCAAUUUUUUUCAUCUGAAGCGGAGCUGCUGCUGAGUCACUAGAGAUCCAAGGAAAAAACCUGCCAGAAGGACAAAAAAAACAUCGCUUGCAUCGCCACAGAAAAAGGAAGCAUGGAUUGAAAGCUGUCUGCAAGUUCUGUGUCUUGCAUGCGUGUAGCUGAAGGGAAAUCAUGUCAGCCAUACACACCUGGGCCUGUUUCCUCCUCUGUCUCAGCUUCGCCUCGCCGGACAAAACCCCAGAUAUCAUAGUCACGUGCUCGGUGUCUGGAGAGUGCGUGCUCCCCUGCAGCUUCCCGCCGGGCAGCGAGGAGACCAUUGAGUGGUUCAAACAGGAAGUGGUGGUCUACAAGUUUGAACGUGAAGAAAAAGAUGACAACGACAGCAGCGAGGAGCACUUUAAGCACGAACAGUUCGAGGGCCGCGCGGCCAUCUUCCCUCACUUGGUGGCGCGCGGUAACGCCACGCUCAUCCUCAUGAGGAGUGGCCUCAAGGACCGAGGCACGUACAGGUGUCACGUGCACACCUCCAGUAGCGAACACAACGCGAAGGUCAUCGUGAAGGUGGAAGCACCCAUCAGAGGACUGUCUCUGGUGCUGUCCAGGCUCAGCGGCUAUGAGGAGAUGAAGUGCAGCGUUCGUGAUGUCUACCCUCCUCCUCGUGUAUCCUGGGCGACCGAACCCCCCACUUUCGAGGACCUCCGACCGGUCACACGCAUGAGAGCCGACAAACAGGGGCUGUACUCUGUCGACAGCCGCCUCAAGAGGCUGAAUGGACAACCCAACCUCAUCUACAUCUGUAAAGUCACAACUUCCUAUGGGGGGCCGUCCUGGACCGCCUCACUCAGGGAAAGGGAAAUAAGAGGAACUGAAGGGAGGGACCUGACCAUCCCCUGCCACGCCCCUCCUUACCUGAACAAGCCCUUCCUCCACUGGAGCUUCACCAACGGAGAGGACACCUCCCUCAUCCUCACCUACGACAGCCAGUCGGGGAACAGCGUCUCCCUGAGGCCCUGGGACAACCACGUGGAGCUGGACGGGUACGCGGUGCCGUUUGGAGACGGGUCCCUGCGACUGAUGGACCCCAAACACCUGCAGCACACGGGCAGCUACACCUGUGUGUUCUCCAUGCCGUACAUCACACACACCGAGCGCACUGAAGUCGCCAUCGACAACUAUGAUGUUGAUCGGACGACUGCAGACAAGCCCUCCUAUUGGUGGAUUGUCGGCCUGGUGGUUGCGUUGCUGGUUGUCGCUCUGGCCGGCAUGCUGGCCUACCUGAAGGUGAAAGGAGUUCCCUCAAAAAGCAGAAAGGACCCUGAGGCUGUGACAGAGUUGCAUUUAGUCAAAGACUCGUCAGCAGACAGCCACCUGAACGAGAGCAGCCCUCUGACUGUCGGAGGAACCAACGGACCGUCAGCCCCCCCGACGGGCUCUCAGAUAACCUGAGAACCAACCGAAACCACAUGGAGCAUCACCUAAAGCUAAUACUAACAGAUCAAACAGGCACACCGCUACACACUGCCGAGGAACUUUAGCUUCUUAGAGUUUCAAUAAGAGCUUUGGACAGAAAAAACACUUUAUAUGUAUAUUUGACUUUGAGUGUACAUGCUGAGAUGUAUAGGAACUGCAAAACAAAAUGCUUUUAGUGUCUUCAGGAAGGGUUUGUGACUCCUCACAGUAAGGAUGAAUCUGCUGUUAUUUCAGGAACUCGGUUAUGAAAAUGUUUUCUCGUGAAGAAUGUAUAAUAUAUAUAUAUAUAUAAUAUAAAAGCCUGGAAGGAACACUUACCUGAUUUUGGACCAGAGUUGGUUCUGGAUGAAAAGGACGUUGUUUCUAAUGUUUAAAGGUUGAUGUUGUCACGAUUCUUCAGAUGCGGUGGGCUUGACACAGGAAUACGUACAAUGGACUUGUAUUUCCUGAUCUAGCACCUGUGGUACUCGGAUAUGGGCACCUAAAAGGGGCCUUAGAAGAACCUCAAGGAUCACAAAGUUACAAGAGGGCUGAGAACCAAAAAGCUGCCUUAUAGAAGAAAAAGAGCCUCUGUGUGAAUGUAUAUUUGAACCACGGGAGGACACUUGAUUUCCAAAUAAAAGACUGACUUCCUACACUGUUCUGCUGCCUUUAAACCCUCACUUCAGUGAAGGAUUCUCCAAGAUAUGAAGCGCCUUCUGGGAAUCGUUCCCUGCCUGGAUUAUGAAAACGAAUGUGAAUGAACAAUACAGAUUUAUAUUUUUGAGAGAAAUCGUGCAAAUAUUUAAUCUGCAGAAAAUUGAACUUGUUUGAAUUUCUCUGUGAACUACUACCACACUUUCAUGAAUAAUAGUUGACCUUUCACAAAUGUGUCAUAAUGUAAUGACAUUAAAAAGACUAAUAACUGAAGGUUUGUGCUUUUUCUGUCGGAGAUAUGACAAAAUAAAUGUCAACGAUUGUUUAAACCGA